AUGGCCCCGGGGCUCAGCGCUUCUCCACCUGUUGUGGUUCUGCUCCUGUCCCUGCUGGGUCUGGCUGCUGCUGGGAAGCUCCUGGUGGUGCCAGUGGAUGGGAGCCACUGGCUCAGCAUGAAGGAAGUGCUGGACAUGCUCCAGCAGAAGGGACAUGAGGUGGUUGUGGUGGCACCUGAAGUCACUAUGCACAUCAAACCAUCAAAGAACUUUGUGAUGAAAAGGCAUUCAGGCCCACUCAACAACCAGGAAGAGAUGGAGAGAGAUUUCAAAGCAUUUUUAUACUCAUUAUUUGAGGAAGGAUCUUUUCUGAAAAGAUUUCUGAAAGUGUAUAAACAUAUGAAAAAACUCGGUGAUUUGGCAGUCAGCAGCUGUGAACAUCUGCUGCAAAACAAAGAGCUCAUGAGCUAUUUCGAGGAGAGCAAGUUCGAUGUCCUUCUUACAGACCCUGUAUUACCUUGUGGUGUGAUCCUGGCUGAGCAUCUUUCACUGCCGUCUGUGUAUUUCCUACGAGGAAUCCCGUGUGGGUUAGAUUUUGAAGCCACUCAGUGUCCCAAUCCUCCUUCCUACGUGCCCAGGGCAUUUUCACAACUUACAGACCGCAUGAGCUUUCUCCAGCGAGUGAAGAAUCUCCUGUUUGACACCCAAAACCUUUUCCUCUGUAAUUUUGCCUUCGACCAAUUCUCAAAUCUGGCUUCGGAGUUCCUGCAGAGGGAGGUGACUGUGCAGGAUCUCUUACGCAAGGGCUCGGUCUGGCUCCUCAGGUUGGAAUUUGUUUUAGACUAUCCAAGACCCUUGAUGCCCAACAUCAUUCCAAUUGGAGGAGUACAUUGUGCUCACAAGGGGCUCUCUCAGGAGGCUUGA